UCUGGAUUUUUGGUGGUCUCGUCGAGAUAGAGUAUGUGGGAAAAAUCAUUGUUUGUUAGUAAUUAGGCAGGUGUUAUUUAUCGUGGAUAAUGUUAUAAUAUGUUAGUCUUUAUUGAUUUAAUAUCAAAUUGUAGUUUGUCUGCAUUCACUCGGUGUUCGUCUGUCGAGCGUGCCAUUCAUAGAUUUCUCAGAUAGAUCUGUGCACAGAGGGAAGAUGACGGUUUUGAUCUACAAUAGUGAUAUUAUUUCCGCAUAAUUGUGUUUAUUAUUCACGAUGACUACUACUACGAGAUCUGCUAAAGUUAGUUUGAAGCCGAUUGAAGUGCCGAAGGCUUUACAGGAGGGAGAGAAGUUCAUCAAGUGGGAUGAGGACUCAGGUACUGGUCUCCCAGUCACCCUACGGGUGGACCCCAAAGGGUUCUACUUAUACUGGACAGACCAAAACAUGGAAGUGGAAAUGCUGGACAUUGCUACCAUCAGAGAUGUCCGCACUGGAGUACAUGCUAAAGUUCCAAAGGAUCCCAAAAUACGUAAUGUAGUGCUGAUUGGGUCUCAAGGAUCUCUAGAGGAAAAAACUGUCACUGUGUGUCAUGGCGCCGAUUUCGUCAAUGUGAUGUUCAUCAAUUUCUGCUGCACUAGAAAGGAAAUUGCACAGCUAUGGACCGAGGGGCUGUUUGCGUUGGCGUACAACCUGAACCAGCUCAAUAACCCCACGAUCAAGUUCCUCGAGAAGUUACACACCAAGAUCUCUCUCAAAGCUGACAAGUCGGGGAAAAUACUCGUCAAAAACAUCGUGAAAUUGCUGGCACAAAACAAAGAAGAUAAGAAACGCGUGGAGAAGGCCCUCAGCGAGUCAGGGCUGCCUACUGGCAAGAACGACACCAUCAGCCAAUCCAAGUUCCAGUUCGAAGACUUUUUCGCUUUCUACAAGAACCUUACGCAAAGGACUGAAGUCCAGAAGAUAUUCAACAAUCUGACGGAUGGGAAGCCACAUCUGUCCGCCAAUCAGCUGGUGGACUUUCUAAAUGAAGUGCAGAGAGAUCCCCGGCUGAAUGAGAUCCUGCACCCCUACGCCGACAUCCAGCGCGCCAAGGACCUCAUCAAAACGUACGAACACAACAAGUACCACCAACAAAGGUCACAGCUCACAUUCGACGGAUUUUUAAGGUUUCUGAUGUCUGAGGACAACCCGAUCGUGGCGCCGAGUAAGAUGGACCUCUGCGACGAUAUGGAACAGCCUCUAGCGCAUUACUUCAUCAACAGCUCGCACAACACCUACCUCACUGGCCACCAGAUCACCGGCAAGUCUAGCGUCGAGAUAUAUCGCCAGAGUCUACUGGCUGGAUGCAGAUGUGUAGAAUUGGAUUUCUGGAACGGGCGCACGGACGAGCCGGUGAUCGUACACGGGUACACUUUCGUCCCAGAAAUCAGUGCCAAGGAGGUACUGGAAGCGAUUGCGGAGAGUGCCUUCAAGACGUCAGACUACCCUGUGAUACUCAGCUUCGAGAACCAUUGUAACCCUCGGCAGCAAGCCAAGAUUGCCAACUACUGCAGGGAGAUAUUCGGCGAUAUGUUGCUUGAUAAACCGCUUGAUUCCCAUCAAUUGGAACCGGGAGGGGAAUUGCCGCCGCCAUCCCUGUUGCGCCAUAAGAUUAUAAUUAAGAAUAAGAAGAAGCACCAUCACCACCAUAAGAAGGAAGACUCGAUAGCUUCAGAGGAGAGUGAGCCACGGCCUGAGGUGCCGCAGGGCAAUGGCGAUGUCACCACUGCCACGUUGACACGGCAAGGGUCGUCGGAGUCGUCGGACUCGGAGAGCUCGUCGGGCGAGGAGGAGGCGGGCGGCGCGGACAGCGCGGCGGGCGAGGACGCGCGCGAGACGCACGCGGGCGCCGAGAUCUCCGCGCUCGUCAACUACGUGCAGCCCGUGCAUUUCAGCUCCUUCGAGAACUCUGAGAGUCGGGGAGGACGGCCUCGGACACACGCCGCCGCAGAAAUCUCUGCCAUUGUCAACUACGUGCAACCUGUACACUUCAGCUCCUUCGAGAAUGCGGACAAAAAGAACCGUUUCUACGAGAUGUCUUCGUUUGACGAGAAGCAAGCGACCACGCUACUGAAGGAGCGUCCCAUCGAGUUCGUCAACUACAACAAGCACCAACUGUCGCGCGUCUACCCCGCAGGGACUAGGUUCGACUCUUCUAACUUCAUGCCACAGGUAUUCUGGAAUGCCGGUUGCCAACUAGUGGCCCUCAACUAUCAAACACUAGACCUUGCGAUGCAGCUUAACUUGGGCACUUAUGAAUACAACCGACGAUGUGGAUAUCUGUUGAAGCCAGAGUUCAUGCGGAGAAAGGACCGUCGUCUAGACCCGUUCGCAGAAAGUACAGUGGACGGUAUAAUAGCGGGCACACUAUCAGUGACAGUACUAUCGGGACAACUCCUGACUGACAAGCGUUGUGGAACAUUCGUCGAGGUCGACAUGUUCGGGCUGCCGGCUGACACCGUGCGGAAGAAGUUCCGCACCAGAGUCGCGCCUAACAAUGGCAUCAAUCCUGUCUAUGGAGAAGAGCCGUUUGUGUUUAAAAAGGUGGUGCUGCCGGAGCUGGCCAUGCUGCGCAUCGCGGCGCACGAGGAGGGCGGGCGCCUGCUGGGCCACCGCGUGCUGCCCGUGCUGGGGCUGCGGCCCGGGUACCGCUCCGUCAACCUGCGCACCGACCUCGGCCUGCCGCUGCCCGCCUCGCUGCUGCUGCUCGUCGUCGUCAAGGACUACGUGCCGGACCGGCUGUCUGAGCUGGCGGAGGCGCUGGCCAACCCCAUAAAGUACCAGAGCGAGCUGGACAAGCGCGAGCAACAACUGGCGCGCCUCACCGAGGACACCGACGUGCCCAGCGACGUCGCCCCGCCGCGGCCCAAGCGAGCCGCGCCCUCCGACUCCGCCGUGCAGCCUAUCAAAUUAGAAGAUGCGCCGGACGGCAGCCCCGCGAAGGAAGCAAUGAUGGAGACCAAGAAGUUGAUUGAAAGCGAGAGCAUACCUUCGCCGUUACCUACCAACGAUAAGAAUUGUCUAGAUGCGGAUGGAAAAACAAAUGGUACGUCAGAUGAAUCGUUAGCCGAAACGCUGGAGGCUCUGCUAUCAAUGAAGGUGGUUCGAGAAAAACAGGCGGAGUUGGCGAGGAAACUCGACGCCUUGCGACGCAAGUUCGACAAGGAGAAGAAACCACCCACCUCCAAGUUCUACGUCAGCAAUAAACUCGUUAAAAGAUUGUCGUCGAAAAAUAUGGCGGGCGAGGCGUGCGGCGGCGAGGAGGCGGAGGUGUGUGCGCUGGAGCGCGCGCUGCGCCUCAAGUGCCACCACGCCGUGUGGGCCGCGCUCGAGAAACACGUGCGCGCCGACCAGCACCGACAGAUGAAGGCGCUCUCCGAUUCGUUAGAAGCGGAUAAGAAGGAAAUUCUGAACAGGCUGGCGAACUCGCGGAAGGAGGACGUGAAAGCAUUAGCAAAGAAAACCAACAGGGAUAAGGACGAAAUAAAUAGAAUAAAACGAGAGAUACACUCACAGUCGGUGGAGCGUGGCGUGGCAGAGUGUUGUCGGCUGGAACAGAAGUACGCAGCGCGGCGCGAGCAACUCGCGCGGACUCACGACAAACUGCUGCAACUACUCAUCAAACAUCGCGACCAGGAGCUGUUGGAGCUGGAGCGCAUGUGUGGCGGCGCGCCCGAGGGCUAGUGUGUGUGUGUGUGUGCGUGUGUGUGCGUGCGUGCGUGCGCGUGUGUGUGCCACUCUCGCGGCGUCUCUCUGUGCGCGAGUUAUUUUUAUUUAGGAAUCUGUGAUAUUAUCGCCUAAGGAGCAAACAGUGGGAGCGUGUCUCCGGCUCGUGACUCGACAGUAUUGUUCUCUACGUUUGCAAUCUCAUAGUUUUAGUUGCGCUCGCGUCUCUCAGCUCCGACACCGAGUGCCGCGAAUGUAUCUCGUCUGUCGUUACGAUUGCCCUCGUACUGUACCUUCGUUAUCGUAACACGUGUGUGUUGAGAAUGUUAGUAUUACUGCAUUUAUUGAGUUAGUCGAUGCGGGUUGCAUGGUUGAAGGUUCCGACGUCCUAGUCAUGGCGGCCGUGCGGGCUGCGGCCGCAUGUCGUAUGUCACUACCGAGUUGUUAACUUAUACAUAUCUAAUGCACAACAAACUGCUCUCAGUGGGUAAUUUAUCUCCUAAUUAUUUCCUACAUCUUCCUAAAUAGAUCUUCCUUUUAAACAUGUUUGUCAUGUAGUGUCUAAUAAUUAUAAUAUUUAAUCCCGUAUAUUAUAAAAUUAAAAGUUAUUAUGAAAUUAAUUCUUAUGAUGGUUAUUCCAAUAUUUUCUGGUUAGUGAGCGCGUUUCUAGCGAAGAGUUUAAAAUUUAUUUGUAAUAUUCAAAAAGUUGAGGUUAAAUAAAUGAUUUAUUGGAAUAGUAAUAAACUUUUGUAAUGCACUCGUUACAGUUUAGGUACGAACAUAACACAUCACGUGCGUUUUGCUGAUUGUCACAAAUAUAUAUUAAUAUAAUUAUUAACGUCAGUUUAUGUAACAUUUGCGUAGUAUAUAUGAAUAUCGUAAUAUUAUAUUAUGUAUAUUGGCUUUUUUGCAUUGUUUAAUCGUACUAACAGAUGUCAGUAACAGUAGGUUGUAGAUUAACAUUCCAUUUUCGCUUAGUCAUUAAACGCCAAUAAUGUUUAGGUAUUAGUAAUAAAUGGGCCAUUGCUCUGACAUCCGAUGUAGUGGUGGAACUCCAAAUAUGUUAAGUCAGUAACUAAAGACAAGUUCCAGACACAACUUCGAUAGACAAUACAAUAUUUAGACUAGAUGUAGUUCCAGUAGUGCACGAGUGUCUCCAGUCUAGGUAGCAAUAGUUGAUAUAGAAACCAAAUACGGGCAAGUAACAUUGCGCACUGUACUCCAAUUGAUAUAAGAUUAACUUCCAAACGAGCACAGCGUGUGGCCCUCAAAUGCCUUCGACUCCAAUAUAUUUAACGAUUCAUGUGCCAAUAGCAACACCAUCUAAGAUAUUUAAGUUACAAUUCACUGCCAAUAGAGUUAUUAAACGCUUGUGUCGUUUAGAAUAAAUCAGCCUUAGACAAGCGCCUCGAGUAGUUAUUAGCAACGAACCAUUUGUUCCAGAAACCAUUAAAUGUACUUCCAAUUGUAAAUUUAAAAGUAAAAUAAUCGGCACAAAUCCUUUAUGAACACAGAUUAAAUAGAAAUGUUUCGUUAAAGGAGUUUCUUUGUACCGUUGGGGUAUAAACCGCAGCGUGCGUGACUUCUUUAGCGGAACAUGAUAUAAAAGUACGAGUAAUACGGGUUUUAUUUAUAAUAAUAAAGUGAUUUAUAUUUCAAUGGUGCUUUCUCAUAGGCUCAAAGUACUUAAUGUUACUGUUUACCACUUACGAUAGUGUAAGAGUUUUGAAUCGUCACACUAUCGUUUCUUUUGAAAAUAGAUUAGAUACAAUACUAUAGCGACACUUCUCAAAUAUUAUUGUUCUCCGUAGUGGUUUAAUAUUAAUGUAUAAUUUCAGCGAGUUGUUCAGUAAGUACCAGCAAUAAUAUAGUAUAACAUAGUGUUUACAUCCGUCUCCUCUAAACGAAACUUGCAAUAAAUAAUAUUAAAUGAUAUUCACUACUUUACAUAGGUUUAAGGUGAGUGUUCAUUUGGAUACAUUUUCUUGGGGUGUGAAGUGAUUUCUGUCGCGUCGUCUAUACGUCGCUAGUUAAAGGAAAGUGUCCGAAGUGAGUACUAGAUGUAACUAAAUAGUGCAAUAUUAACUUAUGACUCGGCUGUCGCUAAAAUACUGACUUAUGCACUCUCCGUACCGUUUAAGUGAAGUGUAGUUGCCAAAUUUAAAUUCCAUAGAUUUAAAGUUACGGCAAUACGAUGUACAGUUUUGUCUUAAUCGAUUCUCGUAUUUUAGACAGUUUAUCGAUAUUAAGAUUUAUUUCCAAUCGUCAAGUAUUUUACUUGCCGUGUUGUAUCUGUUACUUCUAAAGUUCGUCUUGCCGAUUUACUUACUUUCGAGUGUCUAUCAAAUAAGAAAUGGUUUAUAAUAUAUGUAAUAUUUUUUGAAAUUCUGUUAUAUCUAUGGUAUGUUCUCAACGAGAGCGGCCAUUAUUUUUAUGGUAAUCCAAAUGAUAUCUUGCACAAAUUACUAGUUAUUAUAUAAGUGCCAUAAAUGUAAUGAGUUUUGGUCCCCUCGUGUUUGUUAACUUUUUAAUACAAUUUUAUCGUUAAAAUAUAAAUUUUAAAACUAUUGGGAUUAUUUGUGACUGGAUCGUUUGUGUAUACCAUGAAUCGUUACUUAUUUCUUUCAAUUGUCAAAGAUGGCAAAGUAAUACCUAUGUAGUACGUGACGUCACAAAUAAUCCUGCUUUAAAACAAGAAAGUAAAACAUGGAAACAGGGAACCUCUUACUAUCUCUUGACUAUAUUUAUGUAUCUGUAUUUGCUAUGAAGUAUGUACUUGACACAAUAGUUGAUAAACUUAACAUAGAGGCGUGUGAGCUAAUAUCAAUGUGUUUAGGUAUAAUAGUACUAUAAUGUAAUGGAAUUAUUAUAGAUUUCCAUCGGAAACUUGUGAUGCUUAGGUUUGUAAAGUUUAGGCACUUCCCUGGUAGCGUUGAGAUGGAUGGUUGCUAUGGUUGCGUGCGAGGUAGCUCGGACUAGUACUCGUUAGAUCGACACGACCUCAUGAGCUUAAUAUGCGGCGUCACAUCGCCCUGUAUCAAUAAACGUUACGUUAAUAUACACAAACGUGAGUACACUUAGUAAGUUGAAUCUGUAGUCUAGAUUCACUGGUAAAUACAAAAUGUAUUUAUUUUAGGUAUCGGCAGUAGGCGUGGCACGUGGAAGUAUAGAUUAGGGUCGAUCCUACAAAUCCGCAAUAAGUAACGUACUCGUCUAGGUGUUGUGCGUGUGUGAGUGCAGUGACGCGGCUUUAGUAAGUGGCCUUCCUUGUAGUAGUGGCCGCGGGGUGUCGCGCUUGUGGCCACUGGUGUCGCCUGUCUCUACUGAGCACGCCGGGGUCUAGGUCACGCACAAUCUGUUGAGUGGUUGAGGUUUUUGGCGAAUAUUUGAAUUUAUCAGCUCGAUUUUAACGUUUUCCCGACGUCCACGACUAAAUUUUAAUAAGUAUAUCUCUUCUAAUGACCCGUUUUUGGCAUUGUUAUUCCCGUUCGUUGAUACAAAUGAUUGAAUUAGCUAGUAGAUAGAAUAAUAUCAGUGUAACGUGUAGAUUACGGAUGUUUAAAGUGAAACACGACUUGUUCUUGCCUUGUGUAAUUAAAUUAUUGUCUCUAGGUAAGAUGUAGGGCACGUAUGUUCUAUACUAGAACCACAGUUUCGCACUUGUAAUGUCUUUUAUUUCACAAGAAGGCCUAAGCUUCCCUUCAGUUUGUACUUUAAUGAUUGUUCUCAAUGGUUCAUGUAUUUUUCGAUUUGUCUUUGUCUACCUUUGUGAAGUGUAAACUCUCUAUGCUCGGGUACAAUGACUGCCCCAAAAUUGCCCCAAUAUUUUUAUAUACACUAUUUAUUGGCUAUUUAAGGAUAUAUUAAUAUAUUUUAUUCUAUAUGAUCAAUCCUGCUUAAUUAUUUAUUUGUGUAGUGUAUCGCUGUGGUCCCCGUGUUUGGCUACAUUGUAAUAAUAUUGAUAAAUUAUUAAAGUUCGUGUGAUUCUGCCAACUAGAUGUUAAGAGUUAUCUCGUAGCGUGUAAUAGUACUCCGACUGCAGCUUCGAUAGCGCGAUGUAUGGCGGAGUUGUCUCCGUGCAAUGUUCUCGAGUGUUACUCUAUGAUAGUCUUUAAGGAAACUCGUAUACUUGUUACAUUUUAUAUUAACUAUUUAUUUUUUAAAGAGUUAUCUGAUUAUGUAUAUUCUAAUAUUUAUAUUUCUAGACUAUUCUAUUACUAUAUUACGAGAGAAGUAAGAUCGUAAGCUAAGCUGCGAUUUGUAUAUUUCCGAGUUUAAUCUGCAUUGUAUUGCUUUUGCGGGUUUGUGUGUUUAGUAAUGUGAUGAUCGUUAGUGGUCAGUGGGAGAGGCAGCUGGGCGUAGCGCCCUCGGUGAGUGAUGUCAGAGGGCGCCACUGAGCUUCUGUCAUUAUGUCGCACUAGUGGUACGCCUCCCUCGCGUCACCAUUUAAAAUUAAUUUCCCCGUUAGCUAGUACGGCUCCACCUGUACGCCGAAAGCUCCGUAUCUGUAAUGUGUUCCACGGUAUACCUUGUUUGCUCACUCUUACUGAAUCUACUCUCAUCGUUCCUUCCUGCUUGUGUAUGUUACAGAUUUUCGAUUCUUUACAUUGUCGACUUUUAGAAAACUUUACAUAGAUGAUGCAGUUGCUGUGUAUUUUUUUCAACUCUAUAUUCUAUUCGACUAUACAUAAGACUCAAUGUUGUCUAUUUUGCUUUUAGCUUGUUCUUCCAUAUUUUAUGCAGAUAUCAGACUAAUGUAUAUUUUUCAAACCAAUUUUAGAAUCUAUAUUUUUGAUGUUGUUUCCUACAUGUUUACAAAUUUUAAUUAUAUCUAUCUACUAUAAAGUUUAGAUUAUGUCUUCUUCGCGUUAUGAGGUCUGCCGUUAUAAAAUGUAAUGUACCUAGCUAGUUACUAAGUAUAGGUAUGUACUACGACUCUGCUUGAAAUGUUUUGUUUGGGAUGACAAACAUAGUUUUACUGUCAGUCUCUAAACACCAUUUAAAAUGUUCAGAAAAUUAUAAACACUUACUUUUAACUUACGUAUAAUAUUGAUGUCGCAAUUGAAAUACAUAUGAGCAAAACAAUGAAAUUACUUUGGUUCCUUCAUAUAGUGUACCACAAACAUUUUCAAGCGGAGUACAAAGUGAUCGGCACAUUUCUUAUGAUCUACUUAUUAAGCGUCGUUAGCGACGGGUUGUGAAUAUAUUGCGAGGUAGUUGUAAAUGUUCGACAUUCGGAGCUGCAGUAGGUGCCUCUUAGUUAUCUGUCACUUCCCCGUAGGGAGCCGUCGGGCGCUGACGCGUGAACAAACCUUGCAGUAUCAUUUUCACGACUGAUAAAUAAUACUGUUUCCACAUUUAUUUAUUUGCUAUUGGCUAACCAAUUCGGAGCACGCUCCGUGCACAAAUUUUCUCAAUAAGGAACCGCCACGUAGUCUUUCAAAGAUAUCCCAACAUAUUAUAAAGUCAUUUAAGUUUUUUAUGUUUUUAACCUUAAUUUCAAUAUACGAUCACCUAGCUUUAUAUUGACUGUUCAUUGUUAUACUAUAAAUACAAUAAGACACGUUAAACUAAUGAAAGAACAGUGAUAUAAAACUGUCGGUUGGUUGAAAUUAAUAUAAAUUAUACUUUAUAAAAGAUUCGUUCAGGAUGAUAAUGUAAGUGUAUUGAAAAAUAAGAAUCCCAUUGAAUAUUAUGAUUUACUGAUAACAACAUGAACACUAGCAGCGUGACAGUCGCUGCGUCGUGUGUCUCGAAAUGCUCAUGAAUAUGAGCCUCUACAAUGACUUGAAAGUAG